AUGCAACCCGAUUAUCAGAGUGUAACACCAAAUGCAUCGCAUCGAAUGGCUGAAAAAUUCCAUAUUGGCGCUCGUCAUGUUUAUGAGAUAUGGAAUAAUAAUGAUCGCCUUCAGCAAGUUGAACAGAAUCAUAAAGCAGUGCUAGAGACACCAGCCAUGCUUUCUCUAGCGCCGACUUCGAUAGAACAAGGGGGGCAUGUGUCAGAAAAAAAUGAGAAUAAAGGUGAAGCCGAAGAUGAUACAGUUUCUUAUUCCGAUCCUUUGUCUGAUCUUAAAAAAUUAAUAGAAGGUACCGAUUUAAAAAAUUUAUUAGAAGAUACUGAAAGAUUGGAUCCUAUGCAUCCUUUCUUACCUCU